AUGAAAAGCGUCUCCUCACAAUUCAAUUUCCCAACCCAAGAAGCAAACGAAAAAGAAACAUCAUCAUCGGGAACUUGUGAAUGGGAUUUCAAUCUCUCAACAAUUGUGUCUUCAAGAGGCGGCUCCACCGGAGGAGCCGUAUCAAACACCAUCGGCGUGAUCGAGUUCGACCCAUCAAACGCCGUCGUAGCCACCGGCGGAAUCGCAAGAAAAAUCAGAGUUUACAACUUCAACUCUCUGCUACCCAGUGAUCGAUUUUGCCAAGCCAAUUUGUUAGACCACGUCACUGCAUGCGCCUACACUCUGUGCACCCCAGCCAAGCUCAGCAGCCUCCGUUGGCGACCCGGAUCCGACGGCCGGGUCCUCUGCUCUGGAGACUACGACGGCGUCGUCACGGAGUACGAUCUCGAAACGCGCCUCCCCGUCUUCGAGCGCGACGAGCACGGCGGGCGCCGGGUCUGGAGCGUCGACUACUCCCAUUCGGAUCCGGUUCUUGGAGCAUCCGGCUCCGACGACGGGACGCUCCAGAUGUGGGACCCCCGCUGCGACGGCGGGGAAUGCGUGGCUAGUGUGCAGCCCAGCGAGGCGCGUAAUCCGGUCUGCUGCGUGGAGUUCGAUCCUUUCGGUGGGGCCUUGGUGGCCGUCGGAUGUGCGGACCGGAGGGCGUACGGGUACGAUAUGCGGAAAAUGGUGGACCCGGUUUUGGUCUUCGACGGGCAUAGGAAGACCGUGACUUAUGUCCGGUUUAUCGACGGGUGUUCGGUGGUGACAGCUGGCACGGACGGGUGUUUGAAGCUGUGGGAUACGGAGGAUUCGCGGGAGAUUCGGACGUACAAGGGGCACACAAAUAAUCGGAGCUUUGUCGGGUUAUCGGUAUGGAGGAAUGGGGAGCUAAUCGGGUGCGGGUCGGAGGAUAAUAGGGUGUAUGUGUACGAUAAGAGGUGGGGCGAGCCCAUUUGGUUGCAUGGGUUUGGAGCGGUGGGUGAGGGUAGUAGUGGUGGGUGCGAUGAGGAGCUUGGGUUUGUGAGCAGCGUUUGCUGGAGACAAGUUGGUGAGGAGCAGUGCACACUUAUCGCUGGCGGGUCGGAUGGGGAUUUGCAGGUUUUUUCGGGUAGAAGAAAGCCAUUAAUGUUGGAUUAUUAG